GAGAUUUAGGGUUCUUGGAGAUUUUGUUUCUAGGGUUUUAGUUCUUCCGCGAUGGCGGCCGAGGAAGAAGGCGCGGGGAUGGAUUCCCUGUCCGGAUUGCGCAUGGACAUCGGCAAUCUGCUCGUCUUCGACGCUACUGAUCCAGGAAUCGAGGAGGCGUCGACUUCCAGCGAUGAUUAUGACGAGCAAUGCCUCCGAAAGGGCGCUCGAGCCAUUCAAGCGCUGGCAGAGAAGCUGUUUAACAUGCCUUCUGAGGCGGAUAAGUAUGGGCGUCUCGUGAUCUUGCCUCCUCCCACAACAAAGCUUCCUAGAGAAAAACCUCUCCCGAAGCCGCGGCCACCCACGAAAUGGGAGCAAUUCGCACAGAGCAAAGGUAUAAAGAAGAGGAAACGCAGCAAGCUAGAUUUUGAUGAAGACGCUGGGGAAUGGAGAAGGCGGUAUGGUUAUAAAAGAGUUGCAGAUGAGCGAGACAUACCUGUAAUUGAGGCCAAGAGCACUGAUGAACCUGGAGAAGAUCCAUUCUCAAACAUGAAGAAAGAAAAGAAGGCACGCAUUGAAAAGCAAGAGAAGAAUCGUCUCCAGAACUUGAAACACACGCUCAAAGUUGCCGGAAAAUCUGCGCUCCCGAGUACUGUCCAAUUGUCGACGAUGGCUUUGCCUAUAACCGGCUCCGCGCAAGUUCCAAAGAAACUCACGAAAGAUGAACUCGGCGAGAUUGCUGGACACGCAAGUACUGCUACGGCCAGCGUAGGCAAGUUUGAUCGUAAGCUGGAGGGUGAAAAGCCGGCAAAACACGCAGGAAAGCAUCGAAAGUUCCUUCCAGUCGUUGGAUCCUCCAAAGAGGAGAAACAACAGUCCGAUAAGAUUCUGGACAAAGUGCUCUCCCGUCACAAUCAGGAGAUUGUUGAUGUGAACAAGGCUGUUAGCAGCUACAACACAUCGCAGCAGAGCCAACGCGAGCGUCAAAACAUCGCUAAUGGUGGCCACAGUAAAAAGAAAUUCGGGCGUGGCGGCGGUACAAAGGGGCCAUCCAGGGAUAAAAACAAGCUGGCCGGAAGAAACAAAACCUCUAAAGGCUCCAAGUUCGCCAGAGGUAAAGAUGCCAAAUAGGACUGAGGACGGAUGCGCUGGACUCUAUCGCCAAAGUAUCGACAGGAUCACCGUGAAAGAGCCUGGCAACAGUCGCGGCCACCAUGUAUCCAGCUCCUCCGAAAACGUCUAGUGAGUGGUGGAAAUAGACAGGAUGGUUUUUGAUCCUCCACUGCCUGGAAUCACCUUUGGAAACUUGCAGAUUAACAGAUCAGCUUCUCUCCGAUAGAUAAGGUCCCGGACAAAGUUAUCUCCCAUGACGUUGCAAGCUAGAGUGGAUUCGAUUUCUCCCACUGCCGUGCCUUGCGUGGCCUGGUAAAAUUCCUUUCUCGUGACACGCUUGGCUUUUGUAUAGGCUGAAGCAUCGCUCGCUAGUGAAAAAAAGAAUUGCGCGUGGAUGAGUGAUCAUCCAGGGACAAAAACAAGUUGGCCGGAAGAAACAUGUCCACUAGCCAGAGCUGUAUGGAUAGAGCUUUCCGCGACACUGACGUGUUUCAUCAGGCAGUGUGUCAGAUAUCUCUGGAAUCAUGCAGCGUGAUGAUGCAGGCGAGGAAGGACGUUUUGUACUGGUUGUUGCUUGAUCCCGCCACCUUUUAUUCUCGAGAGAUUCUUCCCUUGGAAGGAAAAUAUCAAUUUGUUAGACAAGUUUUGGGAAGAAAUGGAAGAGAGAGCGAUUUUCCAGUGGUCAAGCCAACUGAAAGCAAAA